CAUCCUAUAUUUGGGCGUAUUUUACGAUAGACAUUAAUAGUGCAGAGGGCAAGUGCAAAAUUUGUGGCAAAGUUUAUAUUUUAAAUAAGAAAUACGACAAUAUAAAAUAUCAUAUAAGAAUUAAACAUCCAAAUUGUGUCCCCUCUAAAAGUACAGAAAUAUGGCCUUUUUUUAUAAUACAAAAGCAUCAAACGGCAUGUGAUAUUUGUAAUAAGACGUAUGAUAUAAAAUAUAAUGGAUCGAGAAAUAUGAAACAUCACUUAAAAAAUGCGCAUAAUAUAGAGAUAGAAAAUCAAGACUGGAUGUUACAUUACAAUUACACUAUAUCAAAUGAAACAAUGGAGUGCAACUAUUGCAAAAUAAUCUUUCAAAAUGAUGUUAAACAUAACUAUUUCAAUGCAAUUAAACAUUUCAACGAUGCUCAUCAAAUCGCUGGAAGAGCUUUGGAAUUCAGAUCGACGAGAAAUGCUGAAGAUGUUGUUGUACCAAGCGGAUGUCAUCAGCCCACAUAUAGUGGGAACUACUAUGGAAUCAGUUCUUUAGGUUUUAGCACAAAUACCACAGAUACUCUUACAACUAGCUACAACAAUUUUUCAUAUCUUGACAGAAAUGCUAAAAAUGUUACUGCAUCAAGCAGAUAUCAACAGCCAACGUAUGAUUGGAACCACUAUGGAAUUAGUUUUUUAAGUUCUGGCACAAAUGAUACAGAUAUUUCUAGCACAAAUCCUAUAGAUACUUCGAUAACAAGCCAUCAACCAAUACACAAUUGUUAUCAAUUAGAUUAUUCAGGGCCGGAUUUAAAUAUGUGGAGGCCCUGGCUCAACUAAGAGGUGGAGACCCCUAACCAUUUUUAAACCAAAAUUAAAUAGAAGUUUUUACGUUGUUUAAAUAAUUUAUUUUGAAAUAACAAGGUCAAGCAAUAUAC